CGCCCGCCCGGACCGGGAGGAGCGAUGAAGACUCGCCUGGACGGCGGCUGACAAAGGUGGGGCGCUCCGCAAUCUUCGAAACUGCUCUUCCUGACAUUUAUUCAGCCGGCCGCAUAGUCAACAUUGGGAACAUCUCACGGCGCACCGCCGAACAAAACGCUCAGGAAAACGUUACGAGGCAGUGGAAGAGCAUUUCAUUGUUGCGACUGUCACUAUACAUCGCUGGCGGAGAUAGACGUUAUUUAGUAUCCCGAUUCGCAGUGCUUGGGGGUUAAAAUGAGUUAAAAAAAAAAAAAAAAAAAAAUACGUCUCAACUUGCUCAGCGAGGGCGAAGAUCCAAAGCCACUUUCAAGUGAUUACUUUGUCUGAAACACUUUCAUGCAAAAACAGCCGUGCCAUGCCCCCGCUAUCAUAUCGACGCCAAAAGGUAAGCAGAGCUGCGCGGAGCUUUGGCGGAUAUACAAAUUUGUCAUACAGUAGUGAGGAAAACAUCAUCACUAGUAGACACAGCCCUUCUACUAGUGCGCCCUAGUCAUUAAAAGACUACAUUUUGUCACUAGUGAGGACAAAAAGUGGACUAGUUUCAAAAGAGGUUGACAACCGCUGGUAUAAACUGCGUGAGAGCAAAGCGGAGGAGGAAGAUGGGAGGGCACAAAACCCCCAACAAGACCUCAAAGACACGCCCGUCAUGAUUUCAGACUUGCGCGGCAGAGAGCGUCACUCCAAUCUUUGAAAUGUUGAUCAAUGGAUGGCAUAAAAGCGUGAACGAGCGCCUGCUUGAGCACCACUAGAGACUUAGGUGCGCGCACGUGCCUGGGCGGGGCGUACGUACGGUCUCCGAAACAGUGAGCCUUAACUGCUAAAAUGAAUCUCAAUACCGGCCUGGGAUGAUGCGUGGAAGUGCUACGCUUGUGGGGGAAAAAAUCUAUAUCAUCGGCUUGGCGCUUGCACGGGAAGCCGCUGACGAAACUCCCAAAACGGACGACACGUGUUAACAAACACGAGGUGCUCAAGUUCUGAAAGUGCCUCCGUUGCUGACGUAAGCACGCACGAGAGUCCAACAUCUCACCAAAGUCAACAGGCUCGUCCAGAUUCUCUGCCUAAAUUUGGAAGCGGGCACCAAGAGAGCAUUUUGGACAAUGGGUCGAUCGAUCGUAUCGCUACAUGAGGCCUUCGUCGCCAAGCGAGAAGCAGAAGCCGCUCGCUCGCUUUGCCUCCCGGCGGAACAAAAGCGGCUCUGUCGUCGCUCAAAGACACAAAAAAAAAUCAGUGCGGAACGCUCCCGAGAGAGUCUCCGCGGUACAAUUCUCCCCCUCAUACAUCUCGUCUGGAAACAUUCCACCAAAUUCCCUAAAAGCCGCCACCCCCGCAAACCCCCUCCUCACUUGAAUGGGUGCAUUGACCUUUGAAAGCAAAGCCGCAGCUUCCAUUUCGGCACGCACUCGCGUGGGACGCAACUUGCGAUCCCACUUUGGAGUUUUUAAAGAAAGACAUUUUUUUUGUUGUUUUUUGUUUUUUUUUUUGCUUUGACUUGAGAGCAAAAAUUCAAGAUCCAAGAUGGUGGCAUUGAACGCAACUCUGCUCACGUGACAACAAGGUGCACUUUGCCAGAUCGUAGAAACCAAACAAAAAGCCUGCAAGCGGUUUCGUGCCACUCCCACUUGAAGUUUACCGUCAAAGCAAACAUUACAAAAAGAAUGACACCGUGUAUUUCCAACAAGCACAUCAUUUGCUUUAAAUCUGCUAUAUUAAGUGUCACAACCAAUGAAAAACUGAAUUAUGUCUCUUUUUUCCACUUUUCGUACUAAAUCUUAGAUAUAUUCUUUCCCUUUUUUGAAGUAAAUUUUAGUAUUUUAGUCUUAGUCAUAAGAUCAGCUUUAUUCUCUCAAUGUUUGGGGCCCUCAUUCAUUCACAAUAGUGGGCUUAGGACACAGCCUUGAGGGACGUUUCACUGUCGACGUGCCCAAAACUUGGUAUUUUUAUGCAUUAUUAAACCAACGGCUUUCUUCGGAGGCCAUCUUGGCCAUAUGGCGCUCGGUGUGCUCUUCCCAAGGAGACAUCUUGCAGCGUCCGGGAUGGCGUCCAAGGAAGGCGAGCGCACACUUGCGCGGAUGGGCACGGAAACGUGUUUGGACAGCAACCUCCUGCCCGCCCACACGCUAUGAGUAACACGUGAUUUAAUCCAACAAGACAAGGACUUCUUUUCCUUGAUUUUCCUUCUCAGUUUUUUUUUUUUUCCUGUGGGGGGGAAGAGGUAGUUUGCACUGCUGUAUGCGAAGUAGACAGGCAGGCAGGCAGGCAGGCAGGCAGGCAGGCGAUGUUGCAAAUGACAAGCCCACGUGCUGGUCUCGGAUCAGCUUGAACUGACAGCACGUGGGCAGACCGUAUGACUAAUCAGGAGUCUGUCAACGCGGCAAUUUAGUUCCUCCUCCUACCCGGAAUCACUCGGCAAGCCGUCACGGCUAAAAAAGAUCUGCCUUCGUUAAAAAGGAUCAAAAUAAUCCUUCUCUUCCAUCACAGUUACAUCCAUUUUCUGAACCGCUUAGCACAAUAUAGCUAAUAAGGAAGGCUGUAAGCACCCAAUGGAUGACACAGUAUUAAAAGCAAACCCAAAAGCCGAGAUGAUGGCGCAAAAAGAUGAUUCUUUAUGGCUAUUUAUGUCGCUUUUUUUCACACUUGUGCAUGCCAUACAAGUGUAAAAGGAAGUUAAUCACAGUUAAAGUCCCUGUCAUGGGAAAAGAUCAAUGUCUUGUAAAUUAGACACACCACAGAGAAGAGGGUUGUUAACAGCCCUGACAAAUUUGAAUGAUUGAGCAAAAAAAAAAAAAAAAAAAAACGGCAUGUAUAUUAAAUGAGACUUGAAAAUCAUGGGGGGGAAAAAAACAGACAACGAGGCACUCUUAAGCGGCCACACCAGCGGACUAUCACUAUCCGAAGGGAAGAUGUAUUUCCGGGGUAUCAGUCUAGCUAGCUAGCUAACUGCGUGGCAAAACAAAUCUCGGGAAAUAGACUUUACAACAUCCUAAACAAGCUGAUGCAGUAAAAGAAUUGAAAAACUCAGAUCGCGAGGCAUCAGUGGACUUGGGGGGGAAAAAAAAAUAAAAUAAUAAAAGAUUGCGUUCUAGGAGAAACAAAAUGCAACAUCUGCAUGUUUGGGGUUGUUUUUUGUGGCUUUUAUCCGCCCCAGAGUGCAGUUGACUUUGACCACACGCGCUCAAUGUCUCGGCACGUCCGUCACACUCCGGCUACGAGGCACGCGCGCACGCGCCCACGUGCCGGCUCCAUCAAGGCUGUGCGCCCAAAAAAUCAAAUCAAAUCAAAAUGCCAAAACGCACGGAUGCCGUCGUGUUUUUGUGGUUCUUAAAAGUCCGACGAGCCGAGACUCUUGCGAGGGAAGAUCUCCCGUGUUUGCGAUUAACACGGCUGACCCUCUGCCACAGGUGCCGAUGACCGACCGAACACUUGGACUCCACUCCAAUUCCAACACAGAGCUCUUGUGCCGGAACGGAUGCAUACAAACAUUAAGAGUGACGCGUUUGUAGCUUUGUCUGGAUUUCAAAAGCAUUUUGCCCUUGGAAAUAAUAAGUUAACAGCGGCCUUUACAAGGCCGCUUUUUUUUGUUCCCCUUUAAUUAGGAGAGCCUCAAAAUAAAGGCAGUUGAGUUUCAUUCUGUGGCAAACGUUUGAGAGACAUUGCCCCGAAUAAAUCCCACCGCGCCAUCAGCUCCCAGUGAGUCCACUGUCCCAGAUAUCUGCCCCUGCGAUCAGUCGUCACGUUUCAACCUGCAGCGACUACCUCGACGGCCGAGCUUCUCCAUCCGGGGACGACUCUGGAAGUAGGACGUGAAGUUCACAUACUCCCGAGCGCAAGUCGGAAUAGUGUCUACCCAUUUGUCCCCUGUAUGUAAAUUACCGCCAGGCAGUGCAUAUGUACAAAAAAGCGGCACCAAUUUACCUAUGGUCAUGAUGGGAGACUAACUUUAGACAGUGAAUAUGCAGGCAAGAAAAAAAGAAAAAGAAUCCUUUCCUGAAUACGUUGUGGCCUACUUUUAUUGGUGGCCAUGCACAAGUGGGUUAAGACUUGUGAGAAUGACACUAGCUUACUUUCCUGCCCUUGUACUGGAGUUCUUGAAUGCCGCUCGCUGUUUGUUUCUACGCGCAGGUGCACCGGUGGCACAUUGAGUUGCAGCCGUGGGCCGGACAAAGUCGCUCUCUGGAGGAGGAAGCAAAGCGCUUUCUUCCCUACAUCACCACUCCUCAAGUUGGGGCCAGAUGACCGUAAUCUGGAAGGAUACCUCGCGAGAUCAGGGUGCGAGGUCCACUGCUUCGAUCCCAGCUUGAAGCAGGCGCACCAGCAGCGCAACGCAAUGUGGCUCCACCGCCUGUCCGUAGACUGGAGGGAUCCCAACCCUGCUGUCAGUGCCCAGCGUCAGUACACAAAGAAACUGGCCACCAUCCUCAACGACUUUGGUCACAGACGGGUGGACGUACUGAAAGCAGACAUGGAGAGUGCAGAGUGGAAGAUUCUGGAGAACUUAAUCCUGGAAGGAGUUCUGGACUCUGUCGGUCAACUGCUUUUGGAGGUUCACCUCCACUGGGCGGGUUUCGAGGUGCCGGGGGACGACCCUUCCGUGGUACGCUAUUGGUUCAGCUUGCUGAAGGAGCUGGAACAUGCCGACUUUCGCCUCUUCCGUGUGCACAGCGACCCGGCGCAACCGCACAUCUUUCUGCGCAAGAACGUCCUCAACGCCAGCAGCGCCUACACCUUUGCGUGGGUGAACACACGGCGGAGGCCCUGAAGUGGGUCGGACUGACGAAUAAGUGGAUUUGAAAACAAGCCGGCACAAGCACCUCUCGGAGCUCAGACUGACCUUUGUGCCAACCUACUAAUCAGCCAGUUCCAUUUCUCCUGGCCCACACUGACCUUCGCCAUGAAGUCUCCGCAGGCUGUGUAUUCUACUAGCCCAUCUGCUCGCUGUAGGUCAACUUCUUAGUCAGUCGACCUGAGCUCAGUUAAGCCCACAGUAACUCACGGCCAGAAGACUUUUCUUCUAGCCCGGGUUUAUGGAGACCAGAAGAGACCGACGUCGCGGGAACACAAAUGUGCCGAGUGGUAGGCGAGCGAUAGAUACUGCCGCAUGAACUCCAUUUUUAUUCUGUCGGGAGAACUUAAGGAGCCACAUGAAUCACAAGAGGAGAGGGCAGUGUGUCUUUUUGCCACUAUGGCUCGAUCCUGAACGAUUAAGUCAAGAACACUUCCAUCAUGUUGGAAGACGCAGGUAUGAGAAAAGACAAUACAAGGCCUGCCGUAUAAGGGAGGCGAGCUUUACAGUGUUAAGCCUCAAGAGUCGGGUUACCACACCAAAGACUUUAGUCUGCACAUUAAACACCAGCCUACAAAAUGAAUGAAAGCUAUGUUAAAACAAGAACUAAAAGAGGGAAACCGAGGACUAUCUUGACUGUGUUUUAAAAUGAAUAAUGAUAAAAACAGAUGAUGGGUAAAAUCGAUGGACAGUUUAUUAUUUCCACAAAGCUGGCCAUAAAUUCAAAAAUCAAAACGUUUUCAAAAACUACACCGAACAAUGCAAAAUAAAAUGAAUACGUGUAAUGCA